GCUGAUUUGAAUGCCCACCCUCUCAGACAAGGAAGGAUACAGUGAAAAGACGCCGAAAUGAAGGAGAAAUCCAAAACGGCAGCAAGGACUAGACGGGAAAAGGAGAACAGUGAAUUUUAUGAACUGGCCAAAAUGUUGCCUUUACCGUCGGCCAUCACCUCUCAACUGGACAAAGCCUCCAUAAUAAGACUGACAACGAGUUACCUGAAGAUGAGAAUUGUUUUCCCUCAGGGUUUGGGUGAGGCUUGGGGUCAUACAAGUCGAACAAGAUCUUUGGACAAUAUUGGACGAGAGCUGGGAUCUCAUUUGCUGCAGACGUUGGACGGAUUCAUCUUUGUUGUGGCUCCAGAUGGGAAAAUAAUGUACAUUUCAGAAACAGCGUCGGUCCAUUUAGGACUGUCUCAGGUAGAGUUGACUGGGAACAGUAUUUAUGAAUAUGUACAUCCUGCCGACCACGACGAGAUGACAGCUGUGCUGACGCCUCAUCAGCCAUAUCACUCACAUUUCGUCCAAGAAUAUGAAGCAGAGCGCUCUUUCUUUUUGCGGAUGAAAUGUGUGCUGGCAAAAAGAAACGCAGGCCUCACCAGUGGUGGAUACAAGGUGAUCCACUGCAGUGGCUACCUGAAGAUCCGUCAGUACAGUUUAGACAUGUCUCCUUUUGAGGGCUGCUACCAGAACGUGGGUUUGGUAGCUGUGGGUCACUCCCUGCCUCCCAGCGCUGUGACCGAGAUCAAACUGCACAGCAACAUGUUUAUGUUCAGAGCCAGUUUGGACAUGAAGCUCAUCUUCCUGGACUCCAGGGUGGCAGAACUGACAGGUUAUGAGCCCCAGGACCUGAUAGAGAAAACCCUGUACCAUCACGUCCACAGCUGUGACAUCUUCCACCUCCGCUGUGCACACCACCUCCUGCUUGUAAAAGGCCAAGUUACUACUAAGUAUUAUCGUUUCCUGGCCAAGCACGGCGGCUGGGUCUGGGUCCAGAGUUACGCCACAAUCGUCCACAACAGCCGGUCCUCAAGACCUCACUGUAUAGUCAGCGUCAACUAUGUCCUCACGGAUACUGAGUAUAAGGGAAUGCAGCUGUCUUUGGACCAAAUGAGCCCCACCAAGCCAGCCUUCCCCUACGCUGACAGUCACAGCGAAGACAGGAAGAGCACCAAGUCACGUCUGACCCAGGCGAAGGCCAAAGCCAGAGUGUCACCCUACCCACAGUUUUCAGCUUUCAAUCCAGAGCGUUCAGAGUCAGACCAAGACAGCCAGUGGGGAGGCAGCCCGCUGACAGACUCUGCAUCUCCUCAGCUGCUGGAUCCCGGCGAGGCUGCGGAGGCAUCUUGCGCCUACCGACUGUAUCCAGACUCAGGCUCCCUGUGCUAUGGCCUGGGUCUAUCAGAGGACGAUCUCACCCAUGCCCAAACACAUCCUCACACCACCACCUGUGACCGCGUGCGAUGCCAGAGCGGCCGCUACUUCCUCGGAACCCCCCAGUCAGGAAGAGAAGUGUGGUGGGAUGCCACGCGCUCUGUGCUCUCGCUGCCAAAAUCUUCCACCGACAACAGCGAGGGCUACGAAAUCACAUCCUACCAUGGAGCCAUUCACGGACGGGGCCACUGGGAUGAAGACAGUGUAGUGAGUUCACCUGAUGGAGGCGGGUCCACCAGUGAUUCAGGUGAGCGUUACCAUGGUGACCACUUCCGGGCAACCCCUCGAGAGCCCAGCAAGAUGGAGACCCUGAUCCGAGCCACGCAGCAGAUGAUCAAAGAGGAAGAGAGCCGCCUGCAGCAACACAAGACGCCGCUGGACGUCUCAGGCCUCGCCAAAGCCCACAGCCCGUGCUUCACCUCCUCACUAUCGCACCACUCCCAGCUCACCAUGCCCAGCGUGGUGUGCCGCGGCCCGGGAGCCCCCAGCAUCGACCUCCCCUCUGAACGUCUCCAUCAUCGGGACAGCGUCAAAGUGCUCGGUCCGCACGACAAUGACGAAAACACAACCAGUCCGGCCUCUCUGUCUCGUCUCAGCAGCCCCAGUUCUGAUGGGAUCCCCAGGUCUGGCCUCUCCCUCACCAAAGACUACAUGCAGACAGAUCUGUCCCCCCACCCUCCACAGCCCCAGGGGAGCCCGCUGCUCUAUCAGGCCCAGGAGAGGCAAUCACUGGACAGGCAAGCAGCCUAUGCUUUGACUGGAUACUCCCUGGAGCACCUCUAUGACCCGGAGAACCUGCGGAGUUAUUCAGGCCUGGCCUGUGGAGGAGUCCAGUAUGAUGUGGCGUCCCAUGUGAGGAUGCAGGCCGAGCAGAUGCAGGGACACAAGGCCACCUCAGUUAUCAUAACCAAUGGGAGCUGACGAUAUCUGGUGCAGAUAGGUCCUGUUCUCUAGAUGAGGAUGUUACAGUAAGGGGGUGCUUUAUGCACCUGCAAACACCGACCAGGUGAUUGAUACAAAC